AUGGCAUUGAUGCGCCAGACCUGGACCCUGACCAAGAAGAACCUUCUCAUCGUCCUGGUGCGCCAUGGCUUCUUUACCACCAUACGCGCCUUCCUGGCGCCAAUAAUAUUUAUGUUCAUUCUGGCCUACGUCCGAAACUUUUUCGUACCCCCGAGUACCUUUGGUAUAGGCUCGCCCACACCCAUACGAAGCCUCGAAAAUGCCCUCGCCGCCUCGACCGGAAACCACAACAAGGUUGUUUUUGUGACCAAUGGGCACACAGGCGGGGAUAUAGAGUCUGUGAUUAAUGCAGUGUCUGCGCGGGUGGAGAGUGCUGGAAAGACUGUCCAGGUGGUCCAAGAUGACAUCGACCUCCUCACGACCUGCGCCAGCACCCUUCGUGGCUCAUCUACUUGCUUCGGCGCCGCCUCCUUCCACUCCUCCCCCACCGAGGGCUCUUCUGGGACCUGGAACUACACACUCAGAUCAGAUGGAGUUUUUGGAGAGAGGAUCUUUGUCGACAGGACUACCAACGACGUGGAGAUAUAUGCGCUUCCCUUCCAGCGGGCUAUCGACUCGGCCAUUGGCUCGUUGAAUGGCACAUCCGCGAGCCUGGGAUCGGACUCCAUCGACGAGUACCCAUAUACCGACACGACCGCCGAGGAGAGAGAUGCCCUCAUCCGCAGGCUCUACAUGGGUGCUCUCAUCAGUAUUUUGGCCGUGGCUCUUUUUCUGGCAAUGUCCAAUGUCACCUACCAACUUACUGGACUCAUGGCCUCCGAGCGUGAACUAGGCAUUUCGCAGUUGAUCGAAGCCAUGACUCCGGCAAAGAGGCCUUGGCACAUCCAAGCGGCCCGGUUGCUAUCGAACCACCUGGCCUUCGACAUCAUCCAUCUCCCAGGAUGGAUUAUCAUGGGAGCAAUCCUUCGAGGUCUGGCGUUUAUCCAUACCAGCUGGGGUAUAAUGAUCAUCUACCACGUUCUCUCCGGGCUGGCGCUUUCAAGCUAUUCCAUCCUGGGCGCCAGCUUCUUCAGCAAGGCCCAGCUCUCGGGAAUCACGGUGACCAUUACAGCUGUCAUUCUCGCAGUCAUCGCGCAGGUUGCAGGGCCAUUCGAUACCGGCGCUACGGCUGUGCUCAGUCUGCUCUUCCCGUCCAUGAAUUACGUGUUCUUCGUAAUUCACAUGGCGCGGUUCGAGCAAAAGGCUCUUGCGGCAAGUCUCGUGGGUAGUGCGCCCACUGGUCCAUCUUCGUUGCCUGGCAUUGCCUUCUGGAUAUUUCUAAUUAUCCAAAUCUUCGUGUUCCCUUUUCUAGGGGCACUCGUCGAGAGGUGGCUGUAUGGCACCAUAUCGCGAGAAAGAAAAACCACUACGUCCUCGCCAGAUCAUGCUAUCGUCCUGUCGAACUUUUCCAAGCAUUGGACUCCGAGCUGGCUCCGUAAAAAUGUCCUCAGCAAAUUUGGGCUUGCGGUACCCGAGACAGUGUAUGCCGUUAAUGACUUCAGUAUCAAGGCUCGUCGGGGACAGAUUUUGGUUCUCCUUGGAGCCAAUGGAAGUGGAAAAAGUACCACCCUGGAUGCCAUCUCUGGGCUCAACACCAUUACCAGUGGCUCAAUCGAGAUCGAUGGCACUGGUGGUCUGGGCUUGUGCCCGCAGAAGAACGUGCUCUGGGAUGAGCUCACUGUGUUUGAACACGUCAAGAUAUUCAACCAACUAAAGAGUUCAGCCGGCACGAGAGACGACAAGAACCAGACAGAGAACCUCAUUCGAUCUUGUGAUCUCGGCCACAAGAUCAAGGCCCAGUCCGGUACUUUGUCGGGCGGCCAAAAGAGGAAGCUUCAGCUCGCCAUGAUGUUCACUGGUGGGUCGAAAGUCUGCUGUGUCGACGAAAUGUCUUCUGGACUCGAUCCUCUUUCCCGACGAAAGAUCUGGGAUAUUCUCCUCGCGGAGCGCGGCCAGCGAACAUUCUUGUUGACAACUCACUUCCUGGAUGAAGCCGACGUUCUCUCAGACUUUGUUGCCGUCUUGUCUCGGGGCAAUCUGAGAGCCAAAGGAACGGCUGUGCAGCUCAAGCACGAGGUCGGUGUCGGCUAUCGUGUAUCUGUUCCAAAGCAUGAGAACUUCGUCGCUGCGGAGAAGGUUCAGCGCCACGAAACUCUCGACAGGCAUGUUUUCUGGCUCCCAGAUUCUUCCGCUGCGUCAAAAUUCAUCAGCGAAUUGCGCUCGGGCGGUGUGAAGGAUUACGACAUAAUAGGACCGACACUAGAAGAUGUCUUUCUGAAGCUGGCGGAGGAAAUGGGUGACCACCAGCUUGGAAGCGAUGCACCGCUUGCACUGAGGCCAGCCAGCGCACCAGAUAACCUAGAAAAGCCCCCAAACUCCGACGCCUCAUCGGGAGAGGAGCCUGGGAUCCGAAUGUCCGCAGGACGGGGGACAGGUAUAGCGAAGCAGACCAUGAUCCUAGUCCGCAAGCGAUUCACCAUCCUCAAGCGGAACUACUUCCCCUACCUGGCCGCGGUUCUCCUUCCAGUGAUCACAGCCGGACUGGUGACAUUGUUUUUGGAUGGCUUCUCAGCCAUCGGGUGCGAUCCGGGAGCUCAGUCCAACGCGCCCAGUGUGUCUGACCUCGGCUCCCUCGACAUCACUCCUCUCAUACCGAUCGGACCUUCUAGCCUCAUAACGAUGGACACCUUGACGAACCGGACGGGGCUCAACGCUAGUUCCUUCCACCUAGUUGACACCCUCGACGAAUUUAACGACUACAUUUCGAACAACUUUCACAAUGUGACCCCGGGAGGUUUCUACCUUCAGCCCACCCAGGACCCGUUGGCAGUCAUGGCCUACAUUGGCAACGGAGCAGUGAUAUACGGCAUGCUCACACUCAAUGCGAUUAGCAAUGUCAUUGAGCAGACUUCCAUUACGACAGCGUACCAGCCUUUUGCGGUACCCUUCACUCCAGGGGCCGGCAAGACGCUGCAGCUCAUCCUGUACUUUGGCCUCGCCAUGUCAGUGUACCCGGCCUUCUUUGCACUGUAUCCGUGUGUGGAGCGGCUCAGGAAGGUCAGAGCAUUGCAUUACAGCAAUGGCAUCAGGGCAGCGCCUCUCUGGCUGGCAUAUUUGAUCUUCGACUUUCUCUUCGUGUUGAUUGUCAGUGCCGUGGUAACCGGCAUCUUUGUCGGGGCAUCUGGUAUCUGGUAUGCACCAGGCUAUCUUUUUGUGGUGUUCUUCCUCUACGGCCUGACCUCGAUACUCCUCUGCUACGUUGUCUCGCUGGUCACCAAUUCCCAAUUGGCAUGUUUUGCCACUGCAGCUGGGGGUCAAGCCGUCUUCUUCCUGCUGUACUUCAUUAUGUACAUGAGCAUCCUCACAUAUUCGCCUGCCUUCCGCGUCAACUCGGAUCUGACCAUUGCCCACUUUGCGUACGCGACUAUCUCACCCGCAGGCAAUUUGCUCCGGUCAAUGCUCCUGACGCUUAACGAAUUCUCGCUUCUCUGCCGCGACACAUCGAUUGCUUCAUAUCCCGGAGCACUCACCGUCUACGGUGGGCCGAUACUAUACCUGAUCAUCCAAGCACUCUUCCUCUUCACUGUGCUCGUCUGGUGGGACAGCGGGUACAAACCAACGUUCCUGACCAACCUCAGCCGCCGCCUGCGUCACCGCAAGUCCACGUUGAAGGACACCGACACUGAGGACGACGCUGCCCUCUCAACAUCCGCGUCCUCGACCAUGACCGACCCCGCCGUCGCGACCGAGAUCAAGCGCAUCGACGCGCAGUCCCCGCCCGACACCGACAGCCUGCGCGUGCAACACCUGCACAAGCUCUUCGGACGCACUAACCAUGCGGUCCAAGACGUCACGUUCGGCGUGCCGCGCGGGCAAGUCUUUGCGCUGCUGGGCCCCAACGGAGCGGGUAAGUCGACGACCAUCUCGCUGGUGCGCGGCGACGUCCGACCGUCCCGCGGCAUAGACGGCAGCCCCUUCGGCGACGUGUUCAUCGAGAACCUCUCCAUCUCCGCCCACCGCGCCUCCGCCAGGCAGAACCUCGGAGUCUGCCCGCAGUUCGACGCCAUGGAUAGCAUGACGGUGCGGGAGCACCUGCGCUUCUACGCCAGUGCACGGGGGGUGUCUGACGUCGACGCCAAUGUUGAGGCGGUUCUGACGGCCACGAACCUUGUGAGAUUCGCGGACAGGCUCGCGCAGAAGCUGAGUGGUGGUAACAAGCGCAAGCUGAGCCUUGGUAUCGCGCUUAUGGGCAAUCCCGCGGUGCUUCUUCUUGACGAGCCCAGUUCUGGCAUGGACGCGGCUGCGAAGAGAAUCAUGUGGCGCACCUUGCUCGGCGUCGCCGCACCGGGACGAGCACUUCUGAUAACGACUCACUCGAUGGAGGAGGCAGACCGGCUCGCUACAAGGGUGGGCAUAAUGAAAAGGAGGAUGCUGGCCCUAGGGACUGGCAAGGAGCUGGGUGAGAGGUGGGGCGAGGGAUGCGUGGUACAAAUUGUGCUGAAGUCUGCGCCCGAGACCACCGAGGUUGAAAUGGACAAUGUGAAGAGCUGGAUCAGCGAGAGGGUCAAGGGUGUCGAAUUUGAGGAAUGGGGUGCGAAAGGCGGUGCGCAUGGGCUGUUGAGGUUCAGGGUGAAGAAGGCAGGGUUGGUGGAGGAAGGAAAAGAGGCCGACAAGGCUGGUGGAAGCGUCAUCCAGGACGAAGCCGAAGUGAAGGGGGAGAGCAAACAUACCGGUGACUCAGACGGCGCACAGGGUCUGGAUACCCCCGGGCUGAUCGAGCUGUUCGAGGCCCAUAAGGACGAGUUGGGAGUGGAGUACUACAGCGUCAGCCCGACGACGCUUGACGAGGUCUUUUUGCGGGUCGUCGGAAGGGAAGAGGAGGACGGUCAAGGUGUGGCUGCAAAGCACCAGCUGUGGAAGCGAUACCUGCCGGGGAGGAAACGUGUACAUAUAUGA